GCGUCAACAUCACUCAGAACAGCACUUUUAGCGACAGUGAUAACCAGAGCGGCAGCCGACUGUUCAACCGCCAGUAUCCAGGCUAUUCUUCCCUCCAUUGCUAGUGUGGACUUUGUGCUAUGGCAAGCCGGAGAAUCAACUUUCUCGGUUCCUGAAGGAGAUAUCGCAUAUCCAACUUCGCCCACCAACUUGACGGCCCACUGCGCUGUUCAAAUAAGAGUCACAAACGGAACUUCUCAAUAUGGCUUUGGCAUGUUCUUGCCUGACAACUGGAACGGAAGGUUUUUNGGUGGUGGUUUGGGAUAUGGUUUCGCAGUCAUGUCGACAGAUACUGGACAUAACAGCACUGCUCUUGACGGCAAAUGGGCAUACGGACACCCGGAUCAACUCAAAGAUUGGGGAUACCGUGCCAUGCAUGGUUCAACCGUGCUGGGAAAGCAAUUGACUGAGGGCUAUUACGGGUAUAAGCCGAAGUACAACUACUACAAAGGCUGCUCAACAGGUGGACGUCAAGGUAUUCGCGACAUUCAGCUGUACCCCGAAGACUUUGAUGGCGUUGUUGCUGGAGCCCCGGCCUGGUUUUUGACCCACAUGUCGCCAUUCGUAAUCAAGGCUGGCACUUACAAUCUCCCCGUCAAUGGAUCGAACCACAUCCCCGACAGCUUGUUCCCUGUAAUCAAUGCCGAAGUCCUUCGACAGUGUGACGCCAUUGAUGGUGUCAAAGACGAUAUCCUCUCCGAUCCGCCAGCCUGCAACUUCGACAUGGAUGCUCUUCUCUGCACUCCAAAAUCCAACCAAUCUGAGUGCUUGACAGCGCCUCAGCUCACCACUCUCUUCAAGAUCUAUCAUGAUUACUUCGAGACCAAUGACACCUGGGUGUUCCCUCACUAUUGGAAAGGUAGUGAGCUUGGCUGGGAAUUGGUUUUCGGUGGCGCUGCACCAGGGAGUCUGGGUGUGGACUACGUGACCUCUUUCAUGCAAUACGGCCCUGACUGGAAUUGGCAAGACUAUGACUACAGUAUUGUCGAGAAUGCCGAGAGACUCCGUCCUGGCAACGCAACAGCGGACGACUACAACCUCGAACCGUUCAAGCGACAUGGCGGCAAACUGCUCAUGUACCAUGGUAUGGCUGACCAAUUGAUCCCGACUGGCAGUAGUUUGUAUCUGUACUCCCAGAUCCUGCGCGAGCUUGCACCCAAUGGUGUUGAGCUGGAUGACUUUUUCCGAUUCUUCCUUGUCCCCGGCAUGGGUCACUGCGCUGGAAACUUCCCUCCAGGUCUAGCGCCUUGGUACUUCGCUGGUGGCAGCCAAGUUCUAAAUCCANNGAGCGCCUACGGCGUUCCCGGCUUCAGAGACGCUGAACACGACGUUCUGCUUGCCAUGAUGCGAUGGGUCGAGCAAGGGAUUGCGCCUGACCAAAUCAUUGCUACCGCUUGGCAAAACGAUACCAGACAUGACACAGUCUUGAGACAGAGACCGCUUUGCAUGUACCCAAAGAAACAAAAGUACUGUGGUGGGGAUGUGGACAAACCGGAAAGCUGGUCGUGUGUUUGA